AGCACACCCCGCUGAUAAGGUUUCACUCUCUGCAGGCCACAGAAGAGGGCAGGUGCUACAAUACCAGCUCUGGGAGUCUAAAUUUCUGUUUCUCAGGGACCUGUGUCUUACUUUGGAUACUUUGGUCUUUCAGCCAUGUCUCUUACAACUCCUGUCCCUCCAAGCAAGAGGAAGAAGGCCAAUAAGAUCAUCACUGACCUGUCCAACAUCAGCCAGAAUGAGGAUGAGCUGGACCCUGAAGCUGCUGAACUUGAUCUUGGCACCAAGAUCAAGACGCCCAAAGAUUUGAUGUUGGAGGAGCUGUCCCUGCUCAAGAACAAAGGGUCCAAGAUGUUCCAAAUGAGGCAGCAGAGAGUCGAGAGGUUUAUUGUUACCAAUGAGAAUUUACAGAAUCUCCAGAACCUGUUGAUGUCCCCUCCAGUUCCACCAAAGCCUGAGAAACCAAAGGAAGAAAUUGUGGAUCAGAGUGUGGAUGAAGAGGCAGAGAAGGCUAAGAGAAGGAAGGAGUAUGUACGUACCUACGUUUCCCCCUGGGAACGAGCAAUGAAGGACAAUGAAGAGUUAAGAGCCACUCUGAAGCCUUCCAUGCCGGGACCUAUUAAAGACCACCCAGAGAUGCCCACGUACAAGAGCUUUAACAGAAUGGCUAUACCAUUUGGAGGCUUUAAUAAAGCCUCCAAAUUGUUGACAUUUGAGCUUCCAGAGCUUAACACUGCCAACGAGGAGCUGGAGCCUCUCCCCACCCUGCAGGCCGACAUCCGCUCCCGGCCCUCUUUCAACCGCACGCCCAUCGGUUGGGUCUGCAGCGACGAGGCCUCACACAUCCACACGGACCUGGAAGUCGCUUUUGACGGCGAGACCGAUGACUUGUGAAGGCCCACGCCGACACAAGCAUACAAUCCGAGACAAACACACAAUGAGACGCAACACACCCUGUUUUCCCAUAACUGAUGCGGUGAUACAUAUCUGAUGCACUUUCACAUGUAUCCAGACCUAAGAAUAUUAAAGAUGCUAACAUUCAUGUUACAGGCUGAUGAAAACCACCUGAACAUUCAAUCAAAUCUAUCGAACAUAAAUAAAGCAUCAAUUGUGACAAAGAAGUUUGAUGGUGAAGAAUAAAUACUUAAUUUUGGUUAUUUUCAUUCUUUUGUCUCCCCUAAAUGUAUUAAGAAAGCUGUCGUCUAACGUAAAACCUGUGUGAAUAGCAAUAAAUAACUACUUUGCCUUGAAAUUAAAAACAAAAACAUUGUAAAUGUGUAAUAAAUGUCCCAUUUUCACUCUUCUCA